AUGCGUGUCCUGGCUGUUCCCUGCCGUAGCGACAACUACGAGUACAUCCUCGUCGACGAGGGCACCGGCACGACCGCCGUUGUCGACCCGUACGACCCGCCCAAGCUGCAAGCCGCCGCCGACAAGGAGGGCAUCAAGCUCGGUCAGUUCCUCCUGACGACGCACGGGCACCACGACCACGCCGGCGGCAACGACAAGACGGCCGAGCUGUUCCCGGGCAUCAAGGUCUACGCGGGAGCCGAGAGCGUUCCGGCGACGAACAACGUUGUCAAGCACGGCGACAAGUUCAAGAUCGGUGACCUCGACGUGACGGCGGUGCACACGCCGUGCCACACGCGCGACCACAUCUGCUACUUCGUCGAGGACAAGAAGAAGGACCAACGCGCCGUCUUCACUGGCGACACCCUGUUUGUCAGUGGCUGCGGGCGCUUCUUCGAGGGUGAGCCGCAGGAGAUGCACGAGGCGCUCAACGUCAAGCUCGCCGCCCUCCCGAACGACACCGUCACCUACGUCGGGCACGAGUACACGGCGUCCAACGUCGCAUUCUCGAGCAAGAUCGAGCCGGACAACGAGGCGAUCCAGAAGCUCGUCAAGUACUGCAAGGAGAACGAGGUGACGACGGGCAAGUUCACGAUCGGCGACGAGAAGGAGCACAACGUCUUCAUGCGCACCUCGAGCCCGGCGGUCCAGAAGGCGACUGGCGCGACGGACCCGGUCCAGAACAAGGGCUGA